AUGGUCUCAUUUCCGAAAGUCACGCGUGGAGCUCACGUGACGAUGCUGCCGAUCUCCACACUCACCGAGAAAUCUUCGGAAAAUUUGGUCAUCGUGGCAAUUAGCAGUCUGGUUCUACUUUUCGCUGCCUCUCGCCUCAAAACCGCGAAAAGAGGGUCCACCGACAAAAGAGCGAAGAUCCAUGUCCCCGACUCGACUUUGCCACUCAUCGGAAAUACUUGGGAUCUCCUCAUCCAUGGCGUGAAAGGAGACAUGCACGACUUCACCACUCGACUGGGCAAGCAGCUCAACGCCGAGCCGAUCGUGAUUCGAGCGCUUGGGAUCCCUCGCAACAUUAUCCUGUUCACCCCCGAAGCAUUCGAGGAUGUGUUGAAAACCCAGUUCCACAAUUUCGAAAAAGGUCCGUUCAUGUGCGAAAACCUUCGAGAUCUUUUGGGUGACGGAAUCUUUGCAGUCGACGGAGACCCGUGGACGCCGAAGAGCCACCAGUUUGAUCCGAAUUACUUGCGCAAUAUCGUCGUAAACUUCCUCAUUGCUGGGCGUGAUACCACCGCUCAAGCUCUGAGCUGGUUCUUUGUCAACCUCUCGAAUGAGCCUCGCGUAGAGGCUGCUAUUCGGAAGGAGAUUGAAGACAAGCUAUCAACGCUCAAAGCUGGUGGCGCUCCUGCAAUGCAGGAUGUUAGCGAGCUCGUGUAUCUUGAAGCUGCAUUGAAGGAGACGCUUCGACUGCAUCCGUCGGUCCCUUUUGAGCCCAAGCAGGCACGGGAAGACACGACACUCUCCGAUUGGGACGUUUGUCCCAGCUGGUUCGGCAAUCGGUCUAGCAACGUACUCUAUGGGUCGAAUGACGCAAGUGUGGGGGCCUGA